AUGGCAGACAGAAGACUGGCCUAUCCCUGUGAACAAGCAUGUGACUCCUUUAGAAGAUUCGAUUAUGAAUCGGCGGUGCAGCAUUGCACGGACUGUCUCCUGUCCCUCAGCCACUACAAGAGCACGCACCCCGCCAAGGCCAACUCCACCCACAUCAACCGCAUCAAGAUCGAGAGCCUGCUCUACAGAAUCGCCUCUUUCCUACAGCUGAAAAACUAUGACAAGGCUGACGAAGACUGUAAAUUGGUUCUUGGCGCCGGCCGGGCCCAGCUGGAUGCCUCCGUUCACGCUGUACUUUGCUGUUUGCACCUGGAAGGAAAGCUGCAGAUCGUGGCCAGUGUGUUGUCCAAAACACUCAUCGGGGAGCCUCUGAAUGGGUUGGUAACCAAGGAUCUGUCGCGGUUAAAAACGUUACUAGCUGAAAUAGAGAAUGUCGGCAGCAAUGUCCGCAGCAGUUACCAGGGGGAGGAUCUGGAAGAUGGAACUCAGGACGGAUGGCUCUAUAGACCACCACCGCGGGGCGUGACGAGCAGCGAAGAGUACACUCUCUGUAAAAGGUUUCUGGAGCAGGGGAUAUGUCGGUACGGAGCGCAGUGUACAUCGGCGCACUCCCAGGAGGAGCUGGAGGAGUGGCAGAAGCGGUACGCCUCGCGCCUCAUCCGCCUCAAGCAGCAGAAGGAAAACACGCAAUGUUCGGGUAGCUACAUGGAGUCUCUGAUUGAGAAAUGGAUGAAUUCCUUGUCACCAGAGAGAGUGCUCAGUGAAUGUGUGGAUGGAGUUCAAGUGGACUACAGCCCAGAUCUGUCCGUCACUGUUACCACCAAAAAGUCACAGCAGACCUGGACGUUUCAGCUGAUAUGUAAGCCUGCGAGAAUCCUUCACCGGGUGGCCCUGCUGUACGAUGCACACAGACCUCAUUUCAGUAUUGUGGCAAUAUCCGCCGGAGACGGCAACACCCAGAUGUCCCAGGAGGUGCCGGAGAGCUGCCAGGAGUGGGUGGGCGAGAACCUGGCGCAGAACGGGACCGAUCAUUGCAUGUACAAAGUAAUCAUCAACUUCUCCACUGAAAUAUUUGGGACCUUCCGGCAAACUGUAGUGUUUGACUUUGGAGAGGAACCGGUGCUGAUGCAGAGGAUCAUGGUGGACGCUGCUUCAACUGAAGACCUUGAAUACUUGAUGCAAGCCCGGCAGCAGCUGCUAACGACGGCGAAGCGCUGGGACUCCAUGUCGAAAACCAUCGUAGAGUUUGAGCCGAAUGAAACUACUGAACUUGAGAGGAGUCUCCUCAGCCGAUACCAAAUCCCGCUCUCCGCAGACCAAUUGUUUACCCAGUCUGUGCUGGACAAAUCACUGACUAAGGCCAAUUACCAGUCCCGCCUGCACGACCUGCUUUAUAUCGAAGAGAUUGCACAGUACAAGGAAGUCAGCAAGUUCAACAUCAAAGUGCAGCUGCAGUUGGUGGCGAGCUUCAUGCUGACGGGCGUGUCUGGAGGGGCAAAAUAUGCCCAGAACGGGCAGCUGUUUGGGCGCUUUAAACUCACUGAGACACUUUCUGAAGACACUUUGGCUGGCAGGCAGGUGGUGAUGACCAAAGUGAACGCCGUGUACGUGUUGCCGGUGUCGAAGGACAAAUCUCCGCAGAGUCAGGGCAGCAAAGAGAAGGUCUUCGAGGCCCUCAUUGAGGAGAAGACCAAGGAGUAUAUCUUCCUCAGAAUAUGCAAGGACUGCUGCGAGGAGCUGCGGCUUCGAGCCGACCGGGAAAUGCAGGUGGAGCUGCAGUUCCAGCUGAACCGGCAGCCAUUGUGUGAAAUGCACUUUGCCUUGGAUCGAAUACGAGAUAAUGGUAUUCUCUUCCCAGAAAUCAGCUCCACGCCCCCCAUACCAUGGAGCCCCAACAGGCAAUGGGACGAACUGUUAGAUCCAAGGCUGAACGCAAAGCAGAAGGAAGCCAUUUUGGCCAUCACUACACCCCUGUCUAUACAACUGCCACCCAUUUUAAUCAUCGGCCCCUAUGGAACAGGCAAGACCUUC